AUCACCUUCUUCUCCUUCAUCGUCUCCAGAGGAAUCCAUCAACAUGAGGACCGCCGCCAUCCUCCUGCUCUGCAUCCUGGGAGCUGCACUCUUCUGCACCGUCUCCUGCAACAAUUCCAACGGUCCAGACAACUGCUGCUUCAAAUUCUUCCCGGGAACGUUGAGUGCCUCCAGAGUCCGUUCUUUCACUCUCACUGAUGAUCGUUGUCCCAAACCUGGAGUCAUUUUUAGUUUAGAGACAAAAAAGAAAAUCAACAUCUGCGUGAAGCAGAAUGCCGCCUGGGUUCAAGAAAUCCUUCAAAUGUUGGUGGGGCCUGCUCGUCCUCCUGCUUCUGCUCACACCUCUUAACGCUUCAUCUGAAGAAACGUAACAUGAACACAGACGUGCUCAUGAUUUUUCUGAAUCUGCAGUUUUCUUUAUUUAAGUGUCAUUUAUUUGUGUAACACUUUCAUGAAGGCCUUUCAUUCUCUGAAAAAAAAAAUUAAAGCAUUUUAAAAUUC